UUGUUUUUCUGGAAAUUUUUUUUACUUUAACAUAUUAAUUAUUUACCAACGUCCAACACUGUAAAUUACGUUAUAGGUCGCAGCAUAUAGAUGGCGGAACUGUCUAUACAGCGUGGCUGACUCACAGUCACGACUGUCGUUGCAUUGUCGACUGUCGUGCAGUGUUUGGACUUUGGAGUUCAACAAUGGUCGAACGAAUAUUCUUUUAAACAUCCGCAUAAGAUGCCUUAGCUAUACCAAAUCUCAGAUUAUACUUGAGAAAUAAAAAUGUGAACAUUUUUCUGCCAUUCAAGUAUUGUUGCUUUUAUGUUUUGCGACGCCAAUUAAACUAAUUUCUCUCAAGAGCGUCCUGAUCUGCAAUCAAGACAAGACCAUUUCAAUCAUGUUUAAACUACUGAUGGAAAACUGCAUUGGAAGACACGGGCAAGAAUACAAGUGUUUUAUUUGUCAUUGCACACUUCCGUUUGAUAAUUUUCAAGUUAUUGAAGAGCAUAUACAAAAGGAACAUCAUAGGGCUGUUGCCGAUAUCCGCGCAUGGCAUAAGAUACCUCAGAGUAAGGAAGUGAAAAAACUUGGUUUACUCUCAGAAGAAGAAUACGAAGAGCUCGUUAAAAAUAAAAUAAUUUUUAAGAUUAAACACUAUUAUUGCUAUUACUGCAAAUGCUCGCUUUCUAGGCCAGAUGAGCAUAUAGGAGGUAAAGCUCACAGGAGGCGUUAUGAUUUUCAAAAUACGCAUAUUAAUGGUAGAUCACGGGAUAAAGCUCCAAAAGUGGAAAUCAAAAAAGUAUCAAAACCAAAAGGGAAGGAGAAUUUUUUCAGGGGAACUAUUUCUCUAAAGCAGCAUCAUAUAAAAUUAGUAGAAUCCACAAAUACUUUUGUUUGUGAAAUUUGUGAGUGUUCUCUUCCAGACCAGAGCAAUGUUUUCUGUCAUAUUGAAGAAAAUGUUCACGAAUAUAAGCUUGCACAGCAAGAAGUUAAUCCUGUUAUCCAGUUACAUAAAAUCAAUUGUGAUAUACAUUGUAAAAAAUGUAAUAUAUUGUUGAAUAACAAUGAAACCUUGUUGCAGUGUCACUGUUUAUUCCAUUUAUACAAAGAACAACCAAACAUCAAACUGGACAUAGUCAAGUUUCAAUUUGAUAAGAAUCACCAAGUAGAUAUCAGUUGUUUACUAUGCAAUGUCACAGCACAUAGUGAUAAAGAAAUGGCAGUACAUUUGGAUGAGAAAAGUCAUCUUGACAGUUUAAACCUUUGGAAUCGUUCCAUACGCAGAAAUUCUAGGAAAGUACUCCCCGAUGCAAGUGACAAGAUCGGAAUGAAUUCAAAAGAAUUGGAUAAUUAUAUUUUUGAUCCUGCUGAGGAUUUAGAAAUCUGCAUGAAAGAUAAAAACAAUGAAAACAUGAUAAAUUUAGAAGAAUAUGACAAAUUCUACAAGUGUUUUUUAUGUAGAAAAUCAUUUGACAGUAUAACCACAUUAUUCCAGCACUGCGGCAAAUCCUUUAUCCAUAAUCAUAAAUUGAAAAUUUUUUUUAUGAUUUAUAAUUCAUCGAAUGCAGUUGACAUACAAGAUCUAUUGGUAACAAAUAAUACAAGUAGAUCUUAUUCUUCACGUGCAACUAAACCCUUGAACAAUGCCAGCUCUAGAAAUUUAACAAAUACUGUUCAAGCCAAGCCUAGUUCAAAACAAGUUGAUAAAACUGUUGACAAAGUAGUGAAAAAAAAAGAGAAAAAAGAUAGAAAACCCAGAGAAAGAAAAAAUCCACUUGCAUACAAUCAGGAUAUAUUGGACAUUGGUGAUUCAUAUAUUUCAAUGUGCCUUGAAUCUGGAAGUGAAAAUAUUUAUAAUGUCGAUAAGGAUGCAAUUCACCAGAUGGAAUUUGGAACUUGCUUGACAGUAAGCAUGAAACCCUCUAUUGUCUGUGAGCCCUUUAAGCAUGAAAGAAUGUGUAUUCCUUGUGGAUAUAAAAUCUUGCCAAGUUUUUAUUAUUUGUGUGAACACUUGCAACACGAAAUCCACAUUCAGAAUCUGGAUGACAUGGUAGCAAGUAACAAAGAUUUUGACGGUUACAAAGAUCAAUUCAGUGAUCUUGAUCUUGCUAAGUCAUACAUGCUAGAAGAAUCAGAUGAAGAAGUAAAAUGUUUUGCGUGUGAAAAAUUGGUACCCAAUUCGGAUAAUGAAAUUAAAAAUCACAUCUGUUUGCCUGCUCACAUUCUCAAGAUGCAGCUUUGCAAGAAAGAUGCUGAUAUCAUUAAUGAAAACAUGUCGAUAUUUUUAAAAAACUUGUGGUACUAUAUAGACAGAUUCAGCUGCAAAUUAUGUAAUGUGCGGUUCGAUCGAGAAAUAAGAUUUGUAAAACAUUUACAAGAUAAACAGCAUUGUUCAAGUAUUUUAAAACUUAAUGAGAAAGAGAAUAAUAAAAUAAAUAUUUGCUUUGGUUGCUGUUCUUGCUGGUUUGGUGAAUCAAAUUACAUGCAACAUUAUACAGAACCUCUUCAUAUUCAAGCAUUUAAACGAUUUGAUGAACUAUUACCUCAAAUACCAAAAAAGGCAAUCACAUAUUUGAUGAAUUCUGAUCAAAUAGUACAAGACUUGAUAGACGAUUCAAAUGAAAUAGCAUAUAACCAACAAUACAAAGAACAAAAACUAUUAGAAUCUGCUGAAGAAACAGUAAGAUCUUUUUAUCCUAAUGUUAAAGCUUAUGCUUUUGGUUCAAGAACUUCGUAUUUAGGUCUUGCCACCAGUGAUGUGGAUGUCUUCAUAGACUGUGAAAAUAAAUAUUCCGAGAUAGGAUCGAAAGAAGUAAGUCAGGCCUACAUUCAAACUACUAAAAAUCAAUUUUGUAAAAAAUAUGCACAUAUUUGGAAGAAGGAGAAAAUUUUAUUAAAUCCAAGGGUACCCAUAAUGAAAAUGGAGCAUAAAACAACCAAGCUCAAGUGUGAUAUUUCUUUUCUAAGUGGUUUAGGAGUUGAAAAAUCUAAAUUGAUCAGAAACUAUGUGAUUGCAUACAAACAUUGUCGCAAGCUCAUAUUAUAUUUGAAACAAUGGUUUUCUAUGUGUGAUUUGUAUGGACCUCAAGCUGUUAAUGCUUAUGCUAUUUCUUGGUAUGCAAUAUUUUUUUUACAAAUCAAAGGAAUCCUUCCUAGCGUGAAAAAGCUGAUUGAAUGGAAAGAUCAAUCAAAAAUAGUUGAUGGGUGGCAAUGUGGUUUUCCAGACAAAUUGACUGUGUCUGAUACAAGUUAUUCUUUCCAAGAUAUCCUACAAGGUUUUUUUUCAUACUAUGCAGAAUUUGACUUUUGUACUAAUGUGGUUUGUCCACUUUUGGGACAAGUUUUGAAGAAACGUACCUUUGUUACUUUUGAUGACUUGCCAGAUGGAAUGGAAAUUUACAAAAAUCGUGUUCAAACAGAAGAAAUGGAGUUUUUCAGAUAUGAUUCUCCAAUGUGCAUCCAAGAUCCAGUUGACCUGACUCAAAAUAUAACUAAAGCUGUUUCCAAAUAUCAAUUGAGAUAUUUCAAGAGUUAUUGCGCCCAGAGUUUUAAGAUACUGUCUGAAUAGAAUAUUAUUUUUUUAUUUUAUAAACAUUUUUUUAAAUGGGUGUAACAAUAAUUCAAGUUCUUAUAUAUUUUUUUAAAUAUUUUUAUUUCGUUUCUUUACUACAUAGAUUUUACAAUGCUUUAUUUUAUUUGUUCAAGAAAUGAACAAAGUAGGAUUUUUAUUUUUUUUUUAUUUUAUAUCUGUGUAUGUACGUACAUUAUCAUACAUGUUGAUGAUGAUUAUACCUAACAAUCAUUAAUCAAAAAAUUGUAAUAACAGUUCAUAAAUGAUGGAAAACAUUUGUAAGAUACUUGUAAAUAAAUAUAAAUUUUACACAAUCA